GUUUUCCAUCCUCUCCCAUCGGGGAUCAGAAUGUUUUGACAGUAUCGACGGAACAGAUUUGAUUUGUGUGCGUGGGAAUGCGUGCUUCUAUGCGUCUCCUGUUUUCUUUUUUUAUUUCCCCCCUUUCCAAUCGGUUCCUUGAUGCUUAUCUCUUCGACAACCUGUUACUUUUCGUUUUACGAGCCCAUUCUUGCUCGGUCGGUUCGUGCGCGACCUGCGUCUCCUCUUCCCUUCUGCCCUCUCUGGGACGUCCGCGUGUGAAGCCGUCUCUCUUCCUCUAACGCGAUGUCGGAAUUGAAGGACCUUCAGUACUUGAGUGGUUUCGGGUCGGAGUUUGAGAGCGAGGACCCUCGGUGCCCGGGAGCCCUUCCCCAGAAUCAGAACACUCCUCAGAAGUGUCCCUACGGACUUUAUGCCGAGCAACUCUCUGGGACGGCAUUCACGGCGGAGAGAGAGGAGAACCGGCGAACCUGGUUUUAUCGCAUUCGUCCCUCCGUAUGCCAUCGACCUUAUACACCCAUUCCCUCGGGGAACUUCAUUCCCGAAUGGGACAAGAUCAAGUCCACUCCAAAUCAGUUGCGCUGGCGCCCGUUCGACAUCCCGUCGGUUGCGACAGAUUUCGUGGACGGGCUGAACACGGUGUGUGGGGCUGGUGAUCCUCGGACCCGGCAUGGAUGCGCCGUUCAUGUCUACGCCUGCAACGCUUCCAUGACGGACAAGGCCUUCUACAACUCCGACGGCGACCUCCUCAUCGUCCCUCAGCUGGGAGUCCUGAACGUGACGACGGAAUACGGAAAAUUGAUCGUGAAGCCGAAUGAGAUCUGCGUCAUCCAGCAAGGGAUGAAAUUCAGCGUGGAGGUGACAGGGGAGAGCCGUGGUUACAUCCUGGAGGUAUUCGACGGCCACUUCGUUCUCCCCAAUCUCGGCCCCAUCGGAGCGAACGGUCUGGCGCUGCCGAGACACUUUCUCACCCCGAAGGCCUGGUUCGAGGACCGACAGGUCCCGGCGGGUUACAGGAUUGUCUGCAAGUUCCAAGGUCAUAUGUUCCAGGCCAUUCAGGAACAUUCCCCCUUCGACGUCCCCGCCUGGCAUGGCAACUACGUCCCUUACAAGUAUGACCUCUCCAAAUUCAUGGUGAUCAACUCUGUCUCCUUCGACCACUGCGACCCAAGCAUCUUCACGGUGCUGACGUGUCCGUCGACGAAGCCGGGAAUGGCCAUCGCGGAUUUCGUCAUCUUUCCUCCCCGGUGGUCCGUCCAGGAACACACAUUCCGACCUCCAUACUAUCACAGGAACUGCAUGAGUGAGUUCAUGGGGUUGAUCCAAGGAUCGUACGAGGCAAAGGAAGAAGGAUUCCUGCCCGGAGGAGCGAGUCUUCACUCGAUCAUGACCCCGCAUGGACCGGAUGCCAAAUGCUUCAACACCGCCUCCAACGCCAAACUCAUUCCCGAACGCAUCGCCGAGGGUACUCAGUCAUUCAUGUUCGAGACGUCUCUGGGCCUGGCCUUGACGGAAUGGGGUUACCAAACCUGCCAGAAGGUAGACCCGGACUACCACAAGUGCUGGGGAGGACUGAAGAAGAACUUCCAACACGAUUCCCCCGCCGCCUAAAACCCUCUCUUGUUUUUACUGCCUUGGGGUUUCUCCUUUCGGUUAGCCCUUUAUUUUCCACGAAAUCCACUUGUUUUUCUUUGUUUGCAGGUGAGCCGUUUCGAGCAUUUUCGACAUCCUUUAUAUUCGAUUCCAUCGAACGUAAAUGUCGAAACGCGAGGCGGUCCUGUGUGUAGUAAUAACGUUAGGAUUGCUUCUUUGUGCCAUUUUGCACGUCAAAACGGCAAGAGUUGAAUAAAGCUACGGGAGAAUGAUCACCAAAAAUGAUCGUAUAUGGAUGG